GUUGAAAGUCCACUACUCUUCAAGGAGCGAAGUUUGAACACCCCUGCAUCUAAGCCAACACAGCAAAGCUAAAAGUAAAGCCAGAAAAGGGGCUAUUCAUUGCCCAGGUACAAAAGAGGUGGUGGUGGGGAAUAUCAUGUCUUUACAGCAUGGAAGUAGUCGUUUUAACCAGUGGAACAGCUCACUUUCAGAAGUGAUGGGUGGCUUCAUCCCUGGAGUUGUGGUUUUUUGUUUUCUGUUUUUUUUUAAGAAGAGACCUGACAGUCACUUUGUCUGAAAUGGCAUAGGAUCUUCCUGCUUGAGCGGGGUGGGGGUGGGGGUUUGGACUAGAAGACCUCCAAGGUCCCUUCCAGCUCUAUUCGGAUUCUGGUUUGAGCAACUACUAACUACUUGUUAUCUUUUCUUUUAUGUGCACUGAGAGCGUAUGCACCAAGACAAAUUCCUUGUGUGUCCAAUCACACUUGGCCAAUAAAAAAUUCUAUUCUAUUCUAUUCUAUUCUAUUCUAUUCUAAUUAGGACAAAGAAGCCCUCCCCUCCCGCACCAGCCCUCCCGGUCAAUCGCAUCGGGUUUUUGUCAGGUUUACUUCGGAGUAAAUGCCGCAAGGAGGCAUUCGCUUCGGAAGAAGCAAAACCAGCGGAAGAGGAGGCCGCGAUCUCGCUGGUUAGCGCCGGCGUUGGCUUCGGAGCAGCCAUGCGGAGCGGCCUGCCUUGGCUGCCCUGCGCUUCCUCCUCCAGAGCGACUUUGGUGAACUACACGUGAGUGCAUUUGCUCAUUUCCUGUAGCCACACGCUUCAUCUGAAUCUUGUAAAGCUGCUUUGCUGGAGUGCUUCUGCCUUUGAACCACAGGAAUAAAUAGGCCCAGUCUACUUAAGAAGCAUACAUUUCUAUGCCUGGAUUAUGACAGCAAAAAUCCUACAAGAAGCUUCUUCAGAAAUAUAUGCAAUCCAGGUUACAUCAGAGUGAGAGCUGUUAAGUCUGUUGUGAAGCAUACUCGACUAAGAUAUUCAUAAUGGAGAUCUCAUUUCCCAAAAGACAAUGUGUCAGAGAUUUUAUAAAAAUUGUCUCCUUGUGUUUCAUUUUAAUAUGGCUUGUAGCUUUAGUUGACCCAACUCAAGAUUAUUACAGUUUACUUGGAAUAUCCAAAGAAGCAACAAGUAGGGAAAUUAGGCAGGCUUUCAAAAAGUUGGCUCUAAAGCUGCAUCCUGAUAAGAACCAGAACAAUCCAGAGGCACAUGAAAAUUUCUUGAAAAUAAACCGAGCAUAUGAAGUAUUAAAAGAUGAAGAUCUGAGAAAGAAAUAUGAUAAAUAUGGUGAAAAGGGUCUGGAAGAUCACCAGGAAGGAGGUCGCUAUGAAAGCUGGCACUUUUACCGCUAUGAUUUUGGUAUCUAUGAUGAUGAUCCUGAAAUCAUAACAUUAGAUAGAGGAGAAUUUGAUGCUGCUGUUGGUUCUGGAGAACUGUGGUUUGUAAAUUUCUAUUCUCCUCGAUGUUCACAUUGCCAUGAUUUAGCACCCACGUGGAGAGAAUUUGCUAAAGAAAUGGAUGGAUUAAUACGCAUUGGCGCCGUCAACUGUGGUGAUAACAGAAUGCUUUGCCGGAAUAAGGGAAUCAAUAGCUACCCCAGCCUCUACGUCUUCAAAAGUGGAAUGAAUCCAGUAAAAUUUUAUGGUGACAGAUCAAAGGAGAGUUUAACAAAUUUUGCCAUGCAAUAUGUCACAAGCACGGUGACAGAAUUAUGGGCAGGAAAUUUUGUUAACACUGUUGAAACUGCAUUUGCUUCUGGUAUUGGCUGGUUAAUUACAUUUUGUACUGAACAAGGAGAUUGUUUGACUUCUCGAACACGCCUUAAACUGGCUGGCAUGUUGGAAGGCCUGGUUAAAGUAGGCUGGAUGGACUGUGCCACCCAGGGUGAGCUUUGUGAUAGUUUGGAUAUCUCAUCUAGCACAACAGCGUAUUUUCCACCUGGAGCCACCUUAACUAAUAAAGAGAAAGGAGGUGUUUUGCACCUGAACUCCUUAGAUGCAAGAGAAAUAUAUUUGGAAGUCAUGAAGCACCUUCCAGACUUCGAUACAAUCCUGGCAUCUACUUUAGAGGACCACGUGGCCCACCAUCGAUGGUUAAUAUUCUUUCAGUUUGGCAAAAACAGCAAGUCAGAUUCCCAUGACCUUAAGAAGCUAAGUGUUCUCCUUAAAGCUGAAAAUAUUCAAGUUGGGAAGUUUGACUGUCUUACUGCUGCUAAUAUUUGUAACAGUCUGUAUGUUUAUGAACCAUGUGUAGUGGUCUUUAAAGGACGGGGAAUGGAUAACUAUGAAAUCCACCAUGGGAAAAAUAUUCUAUAUGAUUUAGUGGCCUUUGCCAAGGAGAGCGUGAAUUCCCACGUCAUUACACUUGGACCUCAAAAUUUUCCUGGCAAGGAGAAAGAACCAUGGCUUGUUGAUUUUUUUGCACCUUGGUGUCCUCCUUGCCGGGCUUUAUUGCCAGAACUGAGGAAAGCAUCAAAGCAUCUGUAUGGCCAACUCAAGUUUGGGACAUUGGAUUGUACAGUUCAUGAAGGGAUUUGUAAUUUGCACAACAUUAGAGCUUAUCCAACCACUGUGGUAUUCAAUCAGUCUCACACGCAUGAAUAUGGAGGACAUCACUCAGCUGAACAGAUCUUAGAGUUUAUUGAGGAUCUUAUGAACCCUUCAGUGAUAUCCCUAACACCAGAUACCUUCGCUGAGCUAGUGAAGAAAAGGAAGAAUAACGAAAUCUGGGUGGUUGAUUUUUAUGCCCCGUGGUGUGGUCCAUGCCAAGCUUUAAUGCCAGAAUGGAAGAAGAUGGCAAGGUUGCUGAAUGGACUGAUUGUAGUCGGUAGUGUGGACUGCCAAAAAUAUUUUUCUCUGUGUCAUCAAGAAAAUAUUCAAGGCUAUCCUGAAAUCAGGCUGUUCCCACAAAAAUCGGCUUCCUCUUAUCAGCACUAUAGCUACAAUGGCUGGCAUCGAGAUGCCUAUUCAUUGCGAAGAUGGACACUUGGUUAUCUGCCUCAAGUGUCUCUGGACCUGACACCUCAGAGCUUCAGUGAUAAAGUUCUGAAUGGAAAGGAGCAUUGGGUCAUUGACUUUUAUGCGCCUUGGUGUGGCCCUUGCCAAAAUUUUGCUCCAGAGUUUGAGAUACUUGCAAAGACUGUUAAAGGAAAAGUGAAAGCUGGCAAAGUUGACUGCCAAGCCUAUGCACAUACGUGUCAAUCUGCGGGCAUCAGAGCCUAUCCCACAGUUAAAUUUUAUCCUUAUCAAGGAACAAAGAAAAAUAUUUUGGGGGAGCAGAUUGAAAGUCACGAUGCAAAAGUCAUAGCCGAACUACUGAUGGAGAAAGUGGAAAGCCUUAAAAAAAAGAAAAAACAAUCUUCCAGAAAAAAGGAUGAACUCUAAAUUAAGAAGUGGAUUCAAAUCUGCAGCAGUGGUCUGAUCAGAUCAUGUUCCUCAAGAAGAAAAGGAAAUGCACUGAAAUUCCUGGGCACGUGAAUCUUCUAUGACUAUUAAGGAACAUGCUCUGAAUCAUCCAAAGUGUACAUUUAGUAACAGAGACGUCAACUCCAGCAACCAGUUUGGCACCCUAACUGCAUCUCAGGAAGGCUGUUCUUCUUUGAUUGUGGACAUGGGACUUGAUAGGUAGUGGGGGUUUUUUUCUUUUUUCUUUCCACCUUCCGAAUCGUACUCUAGAGAAUCGUCUUUUCUUAUGUUGAAAAAAGAACCUCAAUAAGAUGGCAGGUGAACAGUCUUUUCUUCAAGAUAGAAAGACUAAGCAAAUCUCUUCGUCUCUGAGGGAAAAAGACUGAACUCCGGUUUUACUGUUAGUGCGCUUUGUCAAGGAUUCACUGAGUAAGCUAAAGAUCUAGGAAUAAUCAAUUCCCUUUAACAUUCGACCCUCUUUAUGUAGAAUAUGAGUUAUCCCAACUUCUAGACUAUGUUGAAGAGCACUCAGAUCAUCACAAACAACUACAUGAAGAUUUCAGUGCAUGGCAGCUAAGAGAAAACCAUGCUUGGUGGUUGGUGGAACAUUUUCUGGAACAUCACUGUAAGUGUUCAAAGAGCAAUGACAUUGUCUCUAGGAUCAUACAGUGAGCUCAGUUCAGCAGCUGGCAGUACAAGCACAAGGUUGCAGUGUUGCAAGCUAAAGCAGUUUGGUUUUUCAUCCCAGGCUAAAGAGUUUCCUUCUGCAGAUGGUAAUAAUAUAUCUAAGAACAUUAAUGGACAGAGGGAUUACCCAUCGUGGCUUCUGUCAUGAUCACUUGAAGCGACAGGGAGAUAAUAUUGGCAUGGAAAUUCAUUGGUUUCAGCAAAACAUGUUUCCAGGUAAGCAACUAUAGAAGACCAGCUUAAAGCUUUUGACAUCAAAGCAGAUACACAUUUUAAAAAGCAAGCCCAUAGGAAGAUAUAGCUGGAUGGAAUUUUUCCAGUUCAGAGUACACCUUUUUACAGUUUGUGCCACAGCAGAAUUAUUCUGUUUUUUUAGAACAGGAUAGUCAAACCUGCGUCUGAGACGCACAGUGUGCUUUGUUGCCAGCCUACUCCUAUGUCUUAAGAAGCAGAAUUAUAAAACAUAAAUAUAUAUUUCAAGUGCCUUCCGAACAUUUACUGAUGGUUAUGGUUAACUUUUGUGAAGCUUGUAAUAUUGGGAACCUACUUGAGAUAGUCUUAUUAGACUUGUUCAAGGAUUGAGAACAGUGUCCUUGAUGUAUACCCUUACAGUAUAAUAAAUACUCGUCUGAUGCCAGA